AUGUGCUAUGAUACAGUUGGUAAAGCGACUGCAAUACUUCAGAAAUUUCCAAAUAAAAGUGAGCAAGCAAAGAAUCAUCUAAAAAAAUGCCAGCAUUUUAUUGAUAAGCAAGGCAGUAUAGAAGUAGCAUCAAAAAUAUUGGGCAUUAGCUUAGAAGAGGAGAAUGAAAUGUUAAAUUUUUUAAAUCCUACUUUAAAAUUACCUGGACAUCGAGCAUUCAGUGGAAGAAUUUUAAAUCAUAAAAUAAAAGUUUUUGACAAUAAUAUGAUGAGAAAAUUUAAAAAUAACUCUGUUAGACUGAUACUUGCUUUUGAUAGUUGGACCAACGUAGUUAAUCAAAAUAUUAUGGGUGCAGUUCUUAUUACACCCGAAAGAGAG